AUGGCAUCGCAAGGUCCGGGUCCAGACCCAAGCGAGCGCAUAUUCAGUGAGUUGCGGAGCAAGAACGAUGAAGUAAAGAGCAAGGCAGCAUCUGAGUUGCGUGACCUCGUCACAUUGCUGUCGCGAGAAUGGUCCCCAGAACGGUUCAGUGCUUUCUACGACAGGGUCACAAACAGACUCAGCAACCUCAUUGUCCAAGCCCCGGAUCCUAGCGACAAAGUUGGCGGUAUUCUUGCCCUCGAUCGGCUGAUUGACUGCGAAGCGAUCGAUGCCGCGCAAAAGGCAUCAAAAUACUCAAACUAUCUGCGGGCAGCUUUGAAGAGCAAUGACUACACUGUCCUGGAUGCCGCCAGCCGAGCCUUGGGCCACCUGGCUCGGCCAGGAGGGGCAUAUACUGCUGAGCUUGUGGAGGCUGAGAUGACAUCUGCUUUUGAAUGGCUUCAGCCAGAGAUCAAGCAAGAGAGUCGCAAGUUGGCUGCGGUCUUCCUGAUCCGUGAAAUGGCAAGCAACUCUCCGACGCUCGUCUACGGCUUCAUACCUCAAAUCUUUGAGUUGAUCUGGAAUGCCCUAAGAGAUCCCAAAGACCUGAUCCGAAGAACAGCGGCUCAAUCCGUUAGUGCUUGCUUUGGGGUCAUGGUAGCAAGAGAUGCACAAUUUCAGACACAUUGGUUUGCUAAAAUAUAUCAAAAGGCGCUGGAGGGCUUCCGACCAACGUCAACAGUUGACGAGACGCUUGGAUCACUACUGAUUCUGAUGGAACUCUUGCAGCAGGGCAACAUGUUUAUGCACGACUUCUACCGGAAUGCCUGUGAAAUUGUGCUGAGACUCAAAGACCAUCGGGAUGCCAGAAUCAGAACACAAGUGGUACAAAUGAUUCCUGUUCUUGCCGAAUACGCCCCCCUCGAUUUCAUCAACAACUACUUGCACAAGUUCAUGAUUUACCUGCAAGCACAGCUCAAGCGCGAAAAAGAAAGAAACCAGGCCUUUAUUGCUAUAGGGCAGAUAGCUAAGGCUGUCGGCAGUGCAAUUGCACAAUACCUUGAUGGCAUCAUCCUAUACAUCCGGGAAUCUUUGAGCGCGAAGACGAAGAAUCGUGCGGCAGUGGACGAAGGCCCAAUGUUCAACUGUAUUAGCAUGCUUGCUGGUGCGGUAGGCCAGACGCUUAGCAAGUACAUGGAAGCACUCUUGGAUCCAAUCUUCGCAUGCGGCCUGACAGAGCCCAUGGAAAAAGCGCUGGAGGAUAUGGCACAUAACAUACCACCUAUUCGAGCCACCAUACAAGACAAGCUACUCGACCUGCUUAGUCUUAUCUUGGUUCGAUCUCCGUAUCGACCUUUAGGCUGUCCCCCGAACACAGUACCGCCGCUCCCUUCUUUUGCCAAAGAUUAUGGAGGAUUUCCUGCAGAGCUCAAGGACCAUGAGAUCACAUUGGCUCUUGAAACACUCGGCAAGUUCGACUUCUCGGGUCAUAUUCUGAACGAGUUUGUGCGCGACGUAACCCUUCGUUACGCUACGAAUGACAAUCCAGACAUUCGAAGAGCCGCGGCGUUGACGUGCUGCCAGCUGUUCAUGCAAGACCCUAUCCUACACCAGACCAGUAACAACGCGAUUCAGGUGGUAGGUGAGGUCGUGGACAAGCUGUUGACUGUGGCUGUUGGCGAUCCGGACCCCGAAAUCAGAAUGACAGUGCUUUGGGCGCUGGACAGAAAAUUUGACAAGCAUCUGGCGAGACCCGAAAACAUCAGAUGUCUUUUUCUCGCUGUUAACGACGAAGUCUUUGGUGUCCGUGAGGCUGCCAUCGAGAUCAUUGGACGGCUGACUACGGUAAACCCUGCAUAUGUAUUUCCACCUCUCCGAAAGUUACUGGUCAACCUACUCACUGGCCUUGGAUAUUCCAAUACGGCAAAGCAAAAGGAAGAGAGCGCACGGUUAAUCAGUCUGUUCGUUUCUAAUGCGACUUCGUUGGUGAAGACAUACGUGGAAGCGAUGGUUUCCGCUCUUCUUCCCAAGGCCACUGAUCCAAAUCCAGGAGUUGCGUCGACUACCAUCAAAGCACUUGGAGAUUUGACAUCAGUUGGCGGCGAAGAAAUGACUCAGCAUAUCCCCGAGCUUAUGCCUAUCAUCAUUGAUGCUUUACAAGAUCUUGCUUCACACGAAAAGCGCGACGCAGCCAUGAAGACUUUGAGCUCCCUUGCCGUCAAUUCUCAAUAUGUGAUUGACCCAUAUAUUGAAUAUCCGGAGUUGCUGGGAAUCCUGAUCAACCUGAUCAAGACUGAAGCUCAUGGGGAGCUCAGAACGGAUGCUAUUAAAUUAGUGGGGGUGCUUGGAGCUCUCGAUCCCUACAAGUAUCAACAACUCGCCGAUUCCGUGACUCAAAAGCAAAGUCAAACCGAAGUACCUCCUGUCUCCGAUGUUGCCCUGAUAAUGUCAGGACUGACGCCCUCGAAUGAAGAAUACUAUCCAACGGUCGUCAUCAAUACUCUGAUGCAGACAAUCUUGGCAGAUCAUACCCUAGCUCAGUAUCACAGCGCCGUUAUUGAUGCCAUUGUGACCAUCUUCAAGACGAUCGGCAUGAAGUGCGUGCCAUUCUUGGGCCAGAUUGUUCCCGGUUUUCUGGGUGUAAUUCGAAGUUCGCAUCCUACUCGUCUCGAAUCAUACUUCAAUCAACUUGCUGUCCUGGUCAAUAUUGUUCGUCAGCAUAUCCGAGCAUUCCUACCAGAGAUCAUCGCCGUCAUCCGAGAGUAUUGGAAUGUGUCGAGGCAAGUGCAGUCUACAAUUUUGUCAUUAAUUGAGGCCAUCUCAAAGUCUCUUGAAGGCGAAUUCAGAAGAUAUCUUGCUGGUCUAUUACCCCUUAUGCUUGCGGUUAUUGAGAACGAUACCGAUCAGCGAAGAGAAUCUUCUAUGCGCAUCCUCCAUACUUUCCUGGUUUUUGGCUCCAGUGGGGAGGAAUACAUGCACAUGAUAAUUCCAGCAGUUGUUGGCAUCUUCGAAAAUCCAGCAGCUCCCCCUAGUGCCAGACGGGCAGCCAUUGAUACGCUGGGAAAGCUAUCCCGAACUGUCAAUGUUACUGACUUCGCCUCACUCAUGAUUCAUCCCCUUGCAAAGAUCCUGUCUUCGCCAGAAAAGGCAGUCACAAACUCCGCUGAGCGUUCGCUGAAAUCUGCAGCAUUGGACUGUGUCUGUGCAUUAAUUUAUCAGCUUGGCCAGGAUUUCAUUCACUAUCUACCUUUGGUGGAGCGGGCCACGAAGACUGGGCAGAUCAACUCAGAACGAUUCCAAAAGCUGGUCGAGAAUUUGAAGACUGGAAAACCACUACCAGUAGACUUCUAUCCAGAUGAGCAAUACGGUCUACCAGCUGAAGACACAACCUAUUCUAAUAUAACGUCUAUGAGACUCCCAGUCAACCAGCAACACUUGAAGAGUGCUUGGGAUACUUCUCAAAAGUCGACCAAGGAAGACUGGCAAGAAUGGAUGAGAAGAUUCAGUGUCGAAUUACUCAAGGAAUCCCCGUCCCACGCCUUACGAGCUUGCGCGAGUUUGGCGACUGUCUUUCAACCCUUGGCUAAAGACUUGUUCAAUUCGGCGUUUGUAUCUUGCUGGACCGAACUGUAUGAUCAGUAUCAGGAAGAGCUCAUUCGUUCAAUCGAAAAGGCGCUGACGUCCUCCAAUAUCCCUCCGGAUAUCCUGCAAACAUUGCUCAAUUUGGCUGAGUUUAUGGAGCAUGAUGAUAAGUCCUUGCCAAUCGACAUAAGAACGCUUGGACGAUUUGCAGCAAAAUGCCAUGCCUUUGCGAAAGCGCUGCACUACAAAGAACUCGAGUUUGAACAGGAUCAAAACAGCCAGAGUGUUGAGGCUCUGAUCAGCAUCAACAAUCAACUGCAACAAUCUGAUGCUGCUAUCGGCAUCUUGCGCCGGGCGCAAGUAUUUGGCGAAGUUGAGCUCAAAGAAGCAUGGUUCGAGAAGCUUCAACGAUGGGAAGAAGCAUUGGCUGCUUAUCAGAAGCGCGAAAAAAUCGAGCCUGAAAACUUCGACAUUGUUAUGGGCAAGAUGCGCUGCCUGCACGCUCUUGGUGAAUGGAAGAUGCUUUCAGAGAUUGCCCAGGAACACUGGAACAACGCAAGCGUCGAAAAUCGCAAGAGUAUGUCGGCACUCGCUGCAGCUGCAGCUUGGGGUCGAGGCGAGUGGGAUUCCAUGGACAACUACAUUAGUGUGAUGAAAGAAAGUUCUCCCGAUAGAGCCUUCUUCGGUGCGAUUCUUGCAAUCCAGCGCAACAACUUUCCUGAAGCUUAUAACUUCAUCGUGCGAGCCCGAGAAGGUGUCAACUCAGAAAUCACUGCGACAAUUGGGGAGUCAUAUAACCGUGCCUACAGUGUGGUUGUUCGGACGCAGAUGCUUGCUGAGCUUGAAGAGAUCAUCGUCUACAAGCAGAGUGAAGGGCAGCCUGACAAACAGAAUUCCCUCAAGUUGUUAUGGAACAAGAGACUGCUGGGUUGCCAAUCGAAUGUGGAGGUCUGGCAGCGAAUGCUGAAAGUCCGAGCUCUUGUUUUGACACCAACAGACAAUCCAGAGAUCUGGAUCAAGUUCGCAAACCUUUGCCGCAAAUCAGAUCGCAUUGGUCUGGCAGAAAGAUCACUGGCUUCGCUGGGCGGUGUUAGUGACGCUGCCGCUGGCGCAGGCGCAGCACCGCCUCCCGUUGCGUACGCUCGGCUCAAGUUCAACUGGGCAACUGGCAAUCAAAAGCAAGCACUCGCGUUCCUCCGUGAAUUCACCAUGAGACUUGCUGAUGACUUCCAACAAGCCAACGCAUCCCUUGCUAAUGGCAUGCAUAACGAGAGGAUGAAUAAUAUGAACGGUACCGACGCGGCAGGACACGACGCGCUUACUCAACGAAGAAAGCACGAAGAGUUGGACCGGUGCGCGAAACUCUUGGCCAAGUGCUAUCUACGGCAAGGAGAAUGGCAGUCAUACUUGCUCAGAGGUGACUGGACAAGUCCGAACACUCAAGAAGCUGUCCGAGACAUCCUAUCCUCGUACCACGCCGCGACACAGUACAACGAGUCCUGGUACAAAGCCUGGCAUGCAUAUGCUCUGGCGAAUUUCGAAGUUGUCACUUCUAUGGCGUCUCAUACAGACCAGGAUAAAGUGCGCAAUCUGCCCGAGCACGUCAUUCAGAAGCAUGUUGUCCCUGCAAUUGGAGGCUUUUUCAGAUCCAUUGCACUCUCUAAGACAAGUAGUCUGCAAGAUACCCUCCGCUUGUUAACAUUGUGGUUCGCUCAUGGCGGACACACCGAAGUCAACUCAGUCAUCAUUGAGGGCUUUGCAUCUGUGAGCAUUGAUACCUGGCUCGAAGUUAUCCCCCAAUUGAUUGCAAGAAUCAACCAACCAAACGCGAGAGUUCGGGCCGCUGUUCAUCGACUGUUGACAGAAGUUGGGAAGGCUCAUCCACAAGCAUUGGUGUAUCCUUUGACGGUGGCAAUGAAGUCCUUGGUUCAACGCCGAGCCAAUUCAGCCAUGCAGAUCAUGGACAACAUGAGGGUGCAUAGCCCAGUGCUUGUCGAGCAAGCUGACCUUGUAAGCCACGAGCUAAUCCGUGUUGCUGUCUUAUGGCACGAACUGUGGCACGAAGGCCUCGAAGAAGCUUCUCGCCUAUAUUUUGGUGAUCAUGAUGUCGAAGGCAUGCUAGCUACGCUUGCUCCACUACACGAAUUACUUGAUCGAGGCGCCGAGACUCUCAGAGAAGUAUCGUUCGCACAAGCAUUUGGGCACGAUCUUGCUGAAGCUAGGGCUUUCUGCAAUGCAUUCCGCCGGUCCAAAGAAAUAGGAGACCUUAACCAGGCCUGGGAUUUGUACUAUGCGGUUUUCAGGAAGAUUGCCCGUCAAUUGCCUCAGCUUAUGAGCCUGGACCUGAAAUAUGUAUCGCCGCGCCUUAAGGAUGCCCACGACCUCGACCUUGCUGUUCCCGGCACUUACCGGUCAGGCAAGCCCAUCAUUAGGAUCAUCAGCUUUGAUCAUGUUUUGACAGUCAUACCUUCAAAGCAGCGGCCUCGAAAAAUGACUGUGAAGGGCUCCGACGGAGUCUCGUAUGCUUUCCUUCUAAAGGGCCAUGAAGACAUUCGACAAGAUGAAAGAGUGAUGCAGCUGUUUGGACUGGUCAAUACGCUGUUGACCAAUGACACUGAAAGCUUCAAGCGUCAUUUGAAUAUCCAGCGCUUCCCAGCAAUUCCUCUAUCACAGAAUUCUGGCUUGCUUGGAUGGGUUCCAAACUCAGACACGCUUCACAACCUGGUCAAGGAAUAUCGCGAAUCGCGUCGCAUUCUCCUCAAUAUCGAGCAUAGAAUUAUGCUGCAGAUGGCACCAGAUUAUGACAACCUCACUUUGAUGCAGAAGGUCGAAGUGUUUGGGUACGCAAUGGAUAAUACGACUGGCAAGGACUUGUACCGCGUGCUAUGGCUUAAGUCUAAGAGCUCUGAAGCAUGGCUCGAUCGGCGUACUAACUAUACCCGUUCGUUAGCUGUCAUGUCCAUGGUCGGCUACAUUCUCGGAUUGGGCGACCGACAUCCAUCCAACCUCAUGCUCGAUCGCAUAACAGGCAAGAUCGUUCAUAUUGACUUUGGUGAUUGCUUCGAAGUAGCCAUGCAUCGCGAGAAAUACCCGGAACGUGUUCCAUUCCGCUUGACCAGAAUGCUCACUUUUGCAAUGGAGGUCAGCAAUAUUGAAGGGUCCUUCAGAAUCACAUGCGAGAACGUAAUGCGUGUCAUUCGCGAGAACAAAGAAUCGCUCCUGGCUGUACUGGAAGCUUUCAUUCACGAUCCUCUUCUCAAUUGGCGUCUUAACACUCGGGAGUCACCACCUCGGCCAAAUUUCAGAUCAGAACGACGACAAAGCAUCAUGGACGCUCCUGGUGCUCCAGGAGAUUACGAUCGAAGCCCAAUGGAGACGGCGCAUAAUCCUGCCGCGGCAGCGAUGAAUGGUGCAGCCCAUAGCCUCGUCGGUGCUCCCCCAGGCCGGCGACACAGACGCAGUAGCAUUCUCGAUCCUGCAAUGGGCGGAGGAAGUAUCGUCGAUUCUUCCAAAGUUGGAGAGGGUAAUGCGGCUGCACAGGAGGCCAAGGAGGUACAAAAUGCAAGAGCAUUGCAAGUACUGGCAAGAGUCAAAGAGAAGCUUACUGGUCGCGACUUCAAGCCCGCAAGCCCCGGCACAGCAGCAGCGCGGCUUGGUGAUGCAAAUGGCCUAGGGUUAGAGGCUCUUAUGGAUCUUAAUGGCGGCACAAUGAAUCGUGCGGAAGGCAUACUUCCAACGAGCGUGGGUGGAAACGGCAGCGCGAAUGGCAGUGUCAACGGAAAUGCAAGCGCGAGCGCAAAGCUGGGUCUCACGAGCGUCGCAGGCGCAACGCCCGAGACCACCAUGGCUGGCAUAGGAGGCCUCGGAGUUGCGGAACAAGUCGACCGACUGAUCCUACAGGCGACAAACGUGGAGAAUCUGUGCCAGCAUUACAUUGGAUGGUGUUCGUUCUGGUAA